ACCUAGACGAAGAAACGGUAUUGAAACAUAAGAGAAAGGCCUGGAAAUUAAAAUCCGAAGGCAAGAAAAGAAAACAAUGAGUGUGUUUGGAGGAGAUAGCUGGGGAAGAGAAGCACAAAAUCGAAAGCGAAGAAUCGAUGAAGUUGUUUUAGAGGGGAUCGACGUUGAUGGCUCUUCUUGCAAGAAGCUGUCUUCCGGCAAAUACGCCUGUCUUGUCUGCCCUCGCAACCCCAUCUUUGAUACCCCUCUCAUGCUCUCUUGGAAGGGAGGGGAGGCUAUGUUGAAGGCAGCUAACUUCAUGCAUUGCAAAGGAUCGCGCCAUUCAGCUGCAAGGUCCAAGGCGAAGGAAAAGGAACUCACGAGACAAGCUGAAAUAAACAAGAGACUAGCUUUGCAAGGCUCACCUACUACUUGUUCUGUUAACUCUUCCAGUGCCAUCAAGAAAAAUGCUCAAUUAGCUACCAAACCAUUGAUCCAAAUGGCUCAGACUGCUGCUGCUGAGAUAUUUGGUAAUAAAAGACUUGAGCAUGAUUUCAGAAGUGAAAACCGUGACAUGGUGCUGAGGCAGAACAAUAUUAAAAACGUGACACCGGACAUCUUUCAGAAUCACUCUUAUCCGGAUAAUGAAACGUCGGACAAGUUGAUACAGCAGCAUCUGAAUUUCCGGGAACAUAGAGAGAGAGAACUUAAGUUCACAUCCGCUGGUUGGAAACGCGACUGCCAUGGUAAAUGGUACAAAGAUGAAAAUGUUGAAUUUGACUCGGAUGAAGAAGAUCCGAACACCUCAUUUUGAUUGAAGAUUCACCAGGAACCCAUUGGAAAAUUGUUUCUUAGAGUCUCUGACACUCAUCCAUGGCCAUGGUUGGUGUUAGUUAUUUUCAAGAAGGAUUCAAGUGGUGAGCUUUAAAAGUAGAUCCAGAUUCAUACGUGGUGCUUUAUCAUAUACAAAAUGUUUCGAACAAAAAUAAUAUAUUACAGGGAUGGACC